AUGCAGAUCAAUCAGAAACUCUGGGCGCUCUUCCGCAUCACUUUGCCAAUGAUUGCCUUUGCAGUUAUAUGCUUAGGAGCUUUCCUUGUAUCCAUAAAAAACAUCGGCAACUAUAAAAUAAAACUCAUCUUCGCCUAUAUUUUAAUUGCAUGCGGGUUACUUGUCUUGUUGGCUGUGAUUUUCUGGAGCGUCUACCAGGGAAUGAGACAGAGAAGCUUCCUACAGAAUUUGCUACUUCCCAGACAAUGUGAGGUGCAUAUCAACACUGUGGACAGAUCAGACUUCUAUCCCCCAUCAUAUGAAGAAUCUGUUGGACGCAACCCUGAGGAUCUUGUAGAUUGUGUGGUCAUUGAUGAGGAACAGAGAUGCAACAUUCCUCCCCCACUGUACACAGAGAAUAGAUCAGACAUCUGGGAAGAAGUCUACAAAAGUGAAGAACAACCUCCAUCCUAUGAAGAGUCUAUGCUACGAUCUAAUAGGCUGGGUGAUCAUUACACCGACAUGAGCGUAAAACCAAGGGACACGCAAUCUGAAUGGGAUUAA